CAGCACGUUACCUGCUACUUGCCGCAUACAAAAAUAAAAUAGUUCAUUCAAAUGAUUUACACCACCUAUAUAUUUGACUGAUUUUUUGAUAGGGCAGCGAUCUCCCCUCCAUCAUUGGUAUAUUCCAGCCAGGAAGUAAGAAAAGUGCGCGGGGUCAGUAAACAAGUAACUGUAUCCAGAGCGAGGCUCCAGUGUAGGCUAAGCGGAAGGAUCUGUUAUGCCUGGCGGCGCUAUGUUGGAAAUUAAUAUUGUAUACUGUGGUGCCUGAGGGUACUUGUCCAAGUUUCGGCGGCUGAAGAAUGAACUGGAUCAACGGUUCCCAGGCAAGCUGAAAAUUAAUGGCGAAGGAACCCAAAGAAUGACUGGUUGGUUUGAAGUGAGCAUAAAUGGGAAGCUGGUGCACUCAAAAAAGAAUGGGGAUGGCUAUGUGGAUAACGACACCAAGCUGCAGAAAAUCAUACUGGCUAUUGAAGCUGCCCUCAAACAGUGAGGGGUUGUUCUUUGGCAUGUUCUGCAAAUGAUUGCAUAGGUGGAGGAGACUUUUGCUUCCUUUAUCUUAACCGAAUGCCGAAUGAUGGGAAAGGCUGAAAUGCUCACUGGGUAUGGCUCCUCCCUGAUGUCACUGCGUGGAAUGUUAGGAUGAAGAAAGUGAUUCGACUUCUUUAUGCUUACCUUUGAAAUUGGUUGCUUUUUAAUAAAGAUCUUUGGCUCCUAAUA